AUGAACGACGCAGCAGAGCUCGACUCUGAGUACUUGAAUGGGGAGCUGAGAGAACACGAGCGUUUCUACAUUCCGACCGGAGACAUCGAAUUCAGGGUUAAUAAUGCAAUCUUCAAAGUUCAUCAGCACUUCUUAAAAAAGCAUUCAACCGUCCUGGCAGACAUGUUGGACGCGCCGCAACCAGACGGUCGACCUAGUCCCUCACUUACCCUGACUGGAGACAGUAUCAAGGGGUGGGAAGCGAUACUCUCUUUAUUCUACUCAGAGGAUUACUUUGCACUGCCAGUCUUCACCAGCGACCAAUGGGCAGGAAUUCUUCGUGUCAGCCACAAGUAUAUGAUGGAUAGCCUUGAGGAAAAGGCGCGAGAAUCGCUCUUGAAAUGUCAGCCACCACUUGACAUGGUGGAAAUGGUACUACUUGCACAAGAAAUCGACUGCAACAAGCUCUACGAGGUUGCUUGCAAUACGCUCGCCAAAUCCGAAAUUACUUUCGAUGCCGCUAAGAGGAUUGGAGUAUCCACAUUCUAUAAUAUCAUAUCACUCAAACUCGCAAUACCUCCCAAGUGCCGCGAGUGCCCGGUAGGAACUGCAUCCUCGAUGCAGCACCUGCAAAGUCGCCAAGGCCACCAAGUGCUCAACUUGCAUCAAUAA